CAGACUCCACCACCGACGCCAAAGGCCAAUGAAAUGAUGAUGACGAUGAGCUCAAGCUCCGCCAAGAUGAUGUCAAUCGCGGCGAGAGACCUCUACUUGGCGGCCUCAACCGCAGCCUCUCUCGCCCACUUCCGCCCCUUGACCUGCUCCUCCGCCGCCGCCGUGCCGUCGCGACUGGUGCCACAACCACCGGACCUCAUCGGGUGGGUCAGGAGGGAAGGGGGUUUCGUGCACCAGGCGGUGAGGAUUGGUCAGGUCGAGCCCUACGGCUUCGGAUUGAUCGCCGCUGAAGAAAUCCCAAAAGGGUCAGACCUAGUUUCCCUGCCUCAUCACCUUCCCUUGCAGUUUGAAUCGGAUAGGGGAGAUGCUACUCAUUCUGUCCUGCUCAACUUAGCCCGUCAAGUUCCUGAGGACAGAAAGGGUUCAAUCAUCAGUAUGAAGUUAUGGAUGCUUUGUGCUCACAUAGUAGAGGAGCUGUGGGCUAUGCGAUUGGGUUUGAAGCUGCUGCAAGAAAGAGCAAAGACAGGUUCCUUCUGGUGGCCCUAUAUCAGUAACCUUCCAGAAACCUACAGUGUCCCCAUUUUCUUUCCUGGAGAGGAUAUAAAGAACUUGCAGUAUGCUCCUGUUCUUUAUCAGGUAAACAAAAGAUGCCGCUUUCUCCUUGAAUUUGAAAAGGAAGUCAAACAAGCACUUGAAAAUUUGAAACCAGGUGACCAUCCUUUUGGAGGCCAAGACGUGGAUUCAUCUUCACUUGGAUGGGCAAUGUCAGCUGUCUCUUCAAGGGCAUUCCUCUUGCAUGGCAAAGAACUUCCAGAUGGGAACCAUGCCAAUAUACCCAUGAUGCUUCCGCUAAUUGAUAUGUGCAAUCACAGUUUCAUUCCAAAUGCUGAGAUUGUACAGGGAAAGAACACUGGGAACACAGAGAUGCUAGUAAAGGUUGUGGCAGGAACACAGAUCAAACAAUACGAACCUUUAGUACUUAACUAUGGUUGUUUGAAUAAUGAUCUUUUCCUUUUAGAUUAUGGUUUUGUCAUACCCUCAAAUCCUUAUGACUCUAUUGAACUCAAGUAUGAUGGAGCACUUCUGGAUGCUGCAAGCCUGGCUGCUGGGAUUUCAUCCCCUAACUUCUCUGCACCAGCUCCAUGGCAGCAUCAUAUAUUGUCCCAGCUAAAUUUAGAUCAAGAAGGUCCUCUUCACAAGGUGAGCUUAGGUGGUCCAGAAUUAGUAGAUGGCCGCUUGUUGGCAGCUUUGAGAGUACUCCUUGCAGAUGACGUGGAAACAGUAGAAAAGCAUGAAUUGUGUGCACUCAAGUCAUUAUCAGUGGAAGCACCUCUUGGAAUAUCAAAUGAAGUUGCUGCUUUGCGCACUGUUAUUGCUUUGUGUGUAAUUGCACUUGGUCACUUCCCCACCAAGAUAAUGGAAGAUGAAUCCCUAUUGAAACAGAAGGUUCCUGAUUCAACCGAACUAGCCAUCCAAUUCAGAAUACAAAAGAAGUCAGUGAUUGUAGAUGUGAUGCGAUAUGUCACAAGAAGGGUGAAGUUGCUCUUGUCGAAGGAAUCAGUGAGCACCCAAGGUUAAGCUCAAGUUCAGAACACACGGCCGGCGUUCCUAGCUGGCUCUGUCCUUCCAGUGUAUGGUUCUUCUCUGAUCUACACUGUUUUUUACUUGAUACCGUUAGUUAUUUUCUUGCUGCAAUAUAUUUUCUAGCAAUUAAUUGUAGAAAAGUACAUUUCAUGUGAUCUCUAGUAACUUUUUUGAACUACUUUUUUGCCCAUUUCUGUUAAGCUCAAGUUCAGUUUUGUUCUCUUAUACAGUUAAAUUCGUAGUUCAUUGUUUUCUUGGAAUUAUUGAAUAUCA